UUUGGAGGAGGAAGUGAGCAGUGAAGGUGCGAUUGGAUACAUUAGCGGUCGGAUAUACGGCCCCUGCUCAUUUUCACUGGCGGCCGGAUACAUUUUGGAAUCCUGAUACACGACCUUUUCUUCGGAUACAUUUUGCAAUCGGAUACACAGCCCCUUUUCCUGGGAUAGAUAUUGCUGUGUGUCCGGCAAUGGAUACAAUGUGAAUGUCGCUCUAAUCUGCUAUUCGGACGAUCGCUUCACUCGGGGUUUGAAUCUUUUGGAGAGCCGCCUUGGUCACUUGGGUUGAAAGAUGUGCAAUGGGAUGGUUGGGCGGAAGAGCCACAGGCCACACCGAAUAACAUUGCUUCUGCUGGUGCUCCUCGCUUGUGUCUUCAAAGGAUUAGCAUCAACUGUCUGCCACCAGCCAUUGCAACCAGAAAAUGGCGGCUUUGCAUGCCACCCCUCACCAUGUACCAACUUUGUACCCAGCACAGUCAUCGAGUAUUUCUGUGACGAGGGCUACACACUGAAGGGAGACUACAAGUACCUGACCUGUGAGAAUGGAGAAUGGUACCCUGCAAUGGAGGUCAGCUGCAGGCUGAACCCAGAUAAAGAUACAAGGGCAAGUAUUGGAGUCCCAACACUGUCAAUAGUUGCAUCCACUGCCAGCUCUGUCGCUUUGAUCCUCCUCCUGGUAGUUUUAUUUGUUUUGCUGCAACCAAAGCUGAAGUCAUUUCACCAUAGCAGGCGAGAUCAGGGAGUGUCAGGUGAUCAGGUGUCCAUUGUAGUGGAUGGAGUUCCUGUCUCCCUGCCCUCCUACGAAGAAGCUGUGUACGGCAGUUCAGGUGCUGCCAUCCCACCUUCCGGCUCGCGGGUACAGAUCGUCUUGGCGGAGGGGCCAGUCCCAGGUGGGGAGGCCCGAGAGGAAGGUGCUCGCUGCAACAGAGGUGCUGACAACUGUCCAGAAAGCCCCAGGGAUGCUGAAGCCCAUGGAAGUGGCAGCCGCUCAGAGACUGUUCUGAUUCAUCAGCCCGCCUUCUCCUCGCCUGCACACUCCCGCAGAUCCAUGCUGAGGCUGUCUCGAUCUUCAGACACUCAGGACUCCGAGAGCAGCGAUGUCCAGAGCCUCCUCUCCCUCUCCUCCCCUGUAGGAUCCACUGACGAUAUUCCUUUGCUCAAGGAUGCAUAAGGUUGUCAGCAUUGGGACCACCUGCUCAGCUUCCUCCUCCUCCUCCUCCUCCUUCAACACUUGACUCUCCAUCUCCAAUUAACUGACUUGGAUCCUGUAGCAGGAGCUGUGGUGAAGAAGCCCUCCCCUGCCACCAGCCUCAGCACUCCCCCGCCAAUACCCCCCAACGCUGCUGAUGCCCAGCGCGGGACUGACUCACAGGGGCGCAGUAGUAUUUACACUCAGCAUGGGCACAUUCCGCCUAUGGAGACAUUGGGGUAAUUCUGAGAAUGGUGACCCUCAAGCCAGUGACGGAUCCUAAUGUCCUUCACAGCACAGGACUUAGACUAGACACUGGGUGCUGGUGGUAGUUUGAAGUGCUUAUUUUAGGUGCUUUUCCUCACCCCUGAUUUGGUCUUCUGUGCCAUCCCUGUUUCCACCAUCUAUAAGCAUUGCCCAGUCCACUUUGUAAUCGACUAGCAGGCCCCAGCUAUUUCUUAAUCCUUUCCCCACACCAGACAGAACGUGGCAAACUUUGAACCCUUAAAUAUUGGUCAAGGUUAAGUUCAACAUCAGAACAAAUAAUUUGCCCUUUUUAUUCUAGUCAAAGCAGCCAGGUUUCUCGGUCACUGCUGGCACUAGUUCUCUUGUGAACUUCCUGCUGUUUGGGGAAUGCAGUGCUGUAUGAAAUGGGUAGGUGUCCCAUGCUGUGUCAGGUGGGCCACUCUGCUGAGAUACCUCUGGGGUGGCAUUGGGCAAGAGCAGAUUGGUGAAAUGCACCUUGCCUAUGAUGAAAGACAAACUGAGAUGCGUCAUUCAUUGCCAACCUCUGGAAUAAGCUGAUUAACACCAGGUCAAUUUUUAGCCUCUGUGUAGACUGCUCUUGGUUCUGCAAAUCUAGCUCUGGCAUUUCAGCAGGUGACCAUCUCAGUCAAAGACUGGGCUUCCCCCAACUUCACAUCCGUGACCAGGAAAUGCUAUUGUACCUGAUGAGGUGGUGGAGGAGGAUAGGUUUCUCUAACAAGAAAAAAGAACUUUUAUUUAUAUUGCACCUUUCACAACUUCAGAGCAUCCCAAAGCGCUUUACAGCCAAUGAAGUAGCUUUGAAGUGCAGUUACUGUUGUUGGAAAUAUGGCAGCCAAUUUGCACACAGCAAGGUCCCACAAAGUUAUAUGAUAAUGACCAGAGAAUCUGUUUUAUAGUGAUAUUGGUUGGUUGAGGGAUAAAUAUUAACCAGGACACUGGGGAGAACUCCUCUGUUCUUCAAAAGAGUGCCAUGGGAUCUUUCACAUCCACCAGAGAGGGCAGUUGGAGCUGAAAGAUGGCACCUCUGACAAUGCAACACUCCCUCAGUACUGCACUGGGUGUGUCAGCCUAGAAUUUGUGCUCAGAUCUCUGAAGAGGGGCUUGAACUCAAAAAUUGCUGAUUCAGCUGAGAGUACUGUCACUGAGCCACCGCUAACCCAUAAAGGGUAAGCAGUGUGUACUCCCUCUUCACUAUCAGUGUGGGCUCUCAGAUAUACCUUAAUCGAGCAAUGAGAACCUUUGAUUCAGUAAAAUCUGCUCAUGUAAGCAGGUAGCAUAAAGGCUGGGACCUUUAUAUCUGAAAUCCAGCCCCCUAAUGCUUGCAGUUCUCCAUAGCUGGAAUACCAAAUACUGGUGGAUAUUCUCUUCCCUUUACCUAAACUGCACACAGGCUAAGUGGAAAUCUGUAUCGUUUUUUUUUUCUUUUUGCCUUGCUGACGUGAAUGAUGUGGGUGUGUGUUUCUCCUGUUUUGGCCUCUUUCGUUGAAGGGUCAGGAAAGUGAUUGCAGGGCAAGGCUUCAACACUGAGAAUUAUGUGGUGAUGAUGAUGUGUAGAGUUGUUUCCAAAUAAAGGGGAAAACUAGAAUUGUCCAAAUUAAAUGAACAACACUUGGAUAAUGUUCCUGUGAAGCGCCUUGGGAUUUUUACACUAAAAAUCUACAUAAAUGAGACAAAAUUUGACACCAAGCGGCAUGAGAUAUUAGGGUAGCAGAGGUAAGUUUUAAAAGAGUGUAUGAAAGGUAUAGGUGGAAAAGGAAUUCCUGAGCUUGGAAACCUGGUGCAGGUGUGGAGAUGGGGAAGGGAGGGCCUUAAGGCUAUUUGAACACAAUGAGGAUAAUUUCAAAAUCUAGCAUUAUACAGUGAUAAAACCCAAGGGGCUAGGGUCUGGAGAAAUUGGAACAUGCCCAGCUCAAACACUGGCAUGUAGUUGCCCCAUGUAAGCUGCUGAUACUGUAACUGUACCCCCUCCCUUUCUACAUUGGUAAUCCAUUAACCUAGGCUGUUUGAAGGUUCAGAUGAGUCAGGAAUCUCACAGACUGAAAAUAGUGGUGUAGUGGCAAUAGCUAAUGCUCUGGGGACAUGGGUUCAAAUCCCACGAUGACACCUGGAGGAAUUUAAAUGUUACUUUAAUAAAAAGUCCUGAAUUGAAAGCUAGUCUCAUUACAUCAGUAAUGGUAACUGUUAAACCAUCAUUGAUUGUCCUUAUUGACAAAAACACAUCUGGUUUACUAAUGUCCUUUAGGGAAAGAAAUUUGCAUUCUUACAUGUGACUCCACCUCCACAGCAAUGUGGUUGACCGACCCUUAACUGCCCUCUGAAGCAAAGCAUUCAGUUCAAGGGAUAUUAGAGAUGAGCAACAAAUGCUGGCCUUGCUCAUAAUGCCCACAUCCCAUGAAAAAAAUAAAGAAAAGGUUUGUUCCUCGGCCUCUGCUGAAAUCCCGUCUUACUGGCUGUUCGGUGACCACCAGCCAGAAAUGUGCGAGGCCCUCGUGAGGGAACCAAUACUGUGUAUGUAACUGCCACAAUGGCCCCUUCAUUCAGGUAGCCUGCACCUGUGUAGCUUCACCAAGUGAGGGGUGAUGACUGUCCCUGUAUCUAAGCCUAGAAUAACUGAACAGAUGAAAAAUGACGGGCAGUGUGUCCCACACAGACAUGAUACCUUGCGCAUCACAAUACAGGCACACACCACUCUGUAUACAUGUAAACAGGUAUUUGUAUCGACACCCGUGGAAAUUAGAGCCGUUAGCCCAACUAGCCUAUGCUUGUAGUUAUGCUUCAAGAGCCACAUUUCCAGCCUACUGUCAGCAUCACUUUGUUCCUUUCUCCCUCAUACUUAACUAGCUUUCCCUCACAUGCAUCUGUUAUUUGCCUUAACUAUCCCCUUGUGCUAGCGAGUGCCACAUUCUAGUCAGGCUAUCCUUGCUGACAAUCAGAUCCACACCUACUGGUCAUGAAGCAGCAACAUGAUAUAAACAGGGCCCUGGUGUUUCCACCUUCCUGUCCCUGCAGUCUUGAGAGGCUUUGCGUGUGCCCGUGCCAAGAUGUUGUGUGAAUGUGUUCCAACUUGUGUUCUUGAAUUAACCAGUGCUUCUUUUUUGUAACCAAUCUGUUCUUGGGCUCUUGGCUGUAGUGGGGAGGUGUGUGUUGAUUAGAUUUCACAAUUUUUCAUUGUAAAUAAAUAAAUUCUCCCACGUUUAUUAAGUGAGAAACGGGAUGCUGUUGUACAGCGGUCCUGCUGUUGACAGAGGCUAGAGCAUGGUUUCUUGUGACUUGACUGUUAGUGAAACAGAAUGGAGCUGUGGAAUGUGUCAGGGUCACUCAACCUGUGCAUCUUUGGCUUUUGCUUUCAAGUUUCUUUGGAUUCCUGUAUAUUGCAAUUGGUGUGAAGAUAGUAUUUUAAUAUUUGUACAAAGUUAAUUUAAGUUUAAUUGUACUAUGUAUAUAACUGCAUUUCUAAAUAAAUUUACUCUUUAAGUGA